UAUAAAUACAAUAAAUAAACUAAAAUAAGUUUUUCAAUUUCAAAACCUAAAUUACAAGUAAUAAUAAAUUCGUACUCAUCAACAAUAUUAAUGUAAGAACUGAUAAAUGGCAUUAUUUACCUUGGAGCCAACGUGCGUUCCAUUGUAGCUGACACACUGGAUAAGUGAUUUUGAAUCGGACCAGCAGACCAACCGCCCCUCAUAGCAAAAGUCUAAUGCAAAGCCUUGUUCAAGAUAAUUAAUAUGUCUAUGAUUGGGGAUACAAAUCUAAACCUGUCCUUUACCAAAUCAGAAGAACAUACAUUAAUGGUAAGAGGUUACACCAUUGAAAAACGAAUCGGUGAAGGUUCCUAUGCCAAGGUAUUUCUGUGUAAAAAGAUUAUGAAUAAUAAAUUUAUCUUUCUGGCUUGCAAAGUUAUUGAUACGAAAAAUGCUCCAGUUGACUAUGUCAACAAAUUUCUGCCAAGAGAACUAAAUGUCUUAAUGAAGAUUGGACACCCCAACAUUAUACACGUUGAUUUUAUUUUUCAAAGAAAGGUCAAAUACUAUAUGUUUAUGAGAUACGCUGAAACUGGAGACCUGUUAGACUAUUUGAUGACCAGGGGGAGAGUGUCAGAGAACAGGGCAAGAUUUUGGAUUGCACAGUGUGCACUGGCCUUGACUUAUCUUCAUGGUAUAAAUAUUGUUCAUAGAGACAUAAAGUGUGAAAAUAUAUUAAUCACAGAAUCACUCAACCUCAAACUGUGUGACUUUGGCUUUUCUAGGGUAAUCACUCCUGAAGGUUACAGCUCCACCUAUUGUGGCUCGAUAGCAUACACUGCUCCUGAAGUUCUUAAAGGCAGGCCCUAUCAGCCAAAGAAGUCAGAUGUAUGGUCUGUUGGAGUUGUUCUCUUUGUAAUGCUUAACAGAAAGCUGCCAUAUCCGGAAUCAUCACCGAAGAAAGUUUUAGAAAAUCAGUUAGCAAGAUCUCUAAGCCAUAACCCAAAAGUCGAGGAGCAAAUGUCACCUGACCUGAAACUAGCUUUUAAUAAAUUGCUAGAACCAGAUGUAAGAAGCAGAUAUAGCGCAGCAGAUUUUUUGAAUUGUGACUGGAUAAAAACUGAUCCAAGAUAUAAACAAGAUGACAAAAUAAAAAUUAUACAAACUACUUCUGGAUAUUCAGUAAACUCAAGCCUCAUAAAGAAGGCGAAGGAAAGAGCUUCGAAAGGGGUGAGUGACAUAACAGUGCUCCGACCUCAGAGACCUGAAAUGUCGAUACUAUCAAUAUUAGGAACCUCAAAUAUGGAACAAGAUCCAAAACAGGAAGAAACAAAAGAAAAGAUAUUACAAAAAGCGAGGCAGCAGAAAAUGAGAAGAUCACAACCCGUGCGAUGAAAACCUACUUUUAGUAAAAAACUAGUGAGAACAGUAUAUGUGUGUUUGUUAUUUGAUAAAUUAAAAUAUUUUUGGG